AUGGCUUCGUGGGCGAUCAAAGCUCGCAGUUCAAAGCACUUGUUAUCGAUCAUUUUUUCUCCGACUUACUCGUGUUGUCGAGGACUACCGACUCCCACCCAAUCCCUCGUUUCUCAUUCCCUCAACGGAAAUGCAAAAGCCUCGGACUUCACUCUCCAGUGGCGAUCCAUGGCCACUUUCACGAGAACAAAACCUCAUGUGAAUGUGGGUACCAUUGGGCAUGUAGAUCAUGGGAAAACUACACUUACUGCUGCAAUCACGAGGGUGCUAGCUGAAGAAGGCAAAGCUAAGGCUGUUGCAUUUGAUGAGAUUGACAAGGCUCCUGAAGAGAAGAAGAGAGGAAUUACGAUUGCUACAGCUCAUGUGGAGUAUGAAACUACUAAGCGGCACUAUGCACAUGUUGAUUGCCCAGGACAUGCAGACUAUGUUAAAAACAUGAUAACUGGAGCUGCCCAAAUGGAUGGGGGCAUCCUGGUGGUAUCUGCUCCAGAUGGACCCAUGCCACAGACAAAGGAACAUAUUCUGCUUGCCCGCCAGGUUGGUGUUCCAUCUUUGGUGUGCUUUCUCAACAAAGUUGAUGCUGUUGAUGAUCUGGAGCUACUCGACCUUGUUGAGAUGGAACUACGUGAGUUGCUCAACUUCUACAAGUUCCCUGGGGAUGACAUCCCAAUUAUCAGAGGUUCUGCUUUGUCUGCUUUACAAGGGGCAAACGAAGAACUUGGCAAAAAGGCUAUCUUAAAAUUAAUGGAAGCUGUGGAUGAAUACAUAACUGACCCUGUCCGCCAGCUUGACAAGCCUUUCUUACUGCCAAUUGAAGAUGUCUUUUCAAUUCAGGGACGAGGGACUGUUGUCACUGGCCGUGUUGAACAGGGUACCAUUAAAGUUGGUGAGGAAGUUGAAGUUUUAGGAUUGAUGCAGAGUGGGCCUCUCAAGACUACAGUGACAGGCGUUGAGAUGUUUAAGAAAAUUUUGGAUCAUGGAGAAGCAGGUGACAAUGUUGGCCUUCUAUUGCGUGGUUUGAAACGUGAAGAUGUACAGCGUGGACAGGUAAUUUCCAAACCUGGAACCCUGAAAACAUAUAAGCGUUUUGAGGCAGAGAUUUAUGUUCUCACAAAAGAUGAAGGUGGCCGCCACACUGCAUUUUUCUCGAAUUAUAUGCCUCAGUUUUACAUGAGGACUGCAGAUAUUACUGGGAAAGUGGAGUUGCCUGAAAAUGUCAAGAUGGUGAUGCCCGGAGAUAAUGUGUCUGCAGUUUUUGAGCUGAUAUCACCUGUUCCCCUCGAAGCAGGACAAAGAUUUGCUUUGAGAGAAGGAGGGAGGACAGUUGGAGCAGGGGUAGUUUCGAAAGUAAUUGGCUAAGCUGCCGGAUGCUGUUCUUUUUCAGCAUCGUGUUACUCAAUUGCAAGAAGUUGAAACAGAAGUCAAGAUAGCCGCUUCUUAGAGAUAAGUGAAAUUUUUGGUAAAGCUUGUUGCUUGUUUCCAUGAAGCCUUUUGUGCCCUUUCUGGGAAAGUUAAAUAAUUGGAGUUUUAAUUUCUCUAAGAAGGGUGGAGGGAAAAGACAUCUUAUUAGUUGUACAGAAUUGCUCAGGAUUGUUGCGGGCACUUUCGGGAAUGUUAUAUUAAUGUCUUAGGAUGAAUAACUGGCACUAUACUCAUGCUGCCUUUCUGUGGAUAUGGAUAUUGCUUCAUAUGGC